AUGACUAUUCCUGAAAUACAAUGGGCCCAAGUGGUCGAGCAGAAGGGCGGGCCUCCCGUCUACAAGCAGAUCCCGGUGGGAAAGCCCGGCCCGGACGAGAUCCUGGUCAAGAUCCGUUACACCGGCGUUUGCCAUACCGACCUGCACGCCAUGAAGGGCGACUGGCCGCUCCCUGUGAAGCUUCCCCUCGUGGGCGGGCACGAAGGAGCCGGCGUGGUCGUCGCCAAGGGUGACCUCGUCACUGGCUUUGAAAUUGGUGACCAUGCCGGUAUCAAAUGGCUGAAUGGAUCCUGUCUGUCUUGUGAAUUCUGCAAGCAGGCCGACGAGCCUCUCUGCCCGCACGCCUCACUUUCCGGCUACACCGUCGAUGGCACCUUUCAGCAGUACGCCGUCGCCAAGGCCAGCCAUGCGUCAAAUCUCCCGAAGGAGGUCCCUCUUGACGCCAUCGCCCCUAUUCUCUGUGCCGGUAUCACAGUCUACAAGGGCUUGAAGGAGUCCGGCGUUCGUCCCGGUCAGACCGUCGCCAUUGUUGGUGCUGGAGGUGGACUGGGAUCGCUCGCUCUUCAGUACGCCAAGGCCAUGGGACUUCGUACCAUCUCCAUCGACGGCGGAGAAGAGAAGAAAGCUAUGUGCGAGAAACUCGGGUCGGAGGCAUACAUCGAUUUCAGGACCUCUAACGACGUAGUUGCGGAUGUCAAGGCGGCCACUCCCGAGGGCCUCGGUGCUCACGCUGUGAUCCUCCUCGCCGUGGCCGAGAAGCCGUUCCAGCAGGCGACCGAGUACGUUCGUUCCCGGGGCACCGUCGUCGCCAUCGGCAUGCCUGCAGGCGCAUACCUCCGAUCCCCCGUCUUCAACACCGUCGUCCGCAUGAUCAACAUCAAGGGAAGCUACGUCGGCAACCGUCAGGAUGGCGUGGAAGCGGUGGAUUUUUUCGCCCGCGGACUGAUCAACGCACCGUUCAAAACGGCUCCCUUGGAGGAGUUGCCGCGCAUUUUCGAGCUGAUGGAACAAGGCCAGAUCGCCGGUCGCUAUGUCCUUGAAGUGCCUCAGUAA